UCCCCUUCUCCAUUCACCUUGUUGCGGGGAAAAACAAAAGAAAGACAAAAGAAAGCAUGAGAAUUAAGCAAUCCCGAGGUUCCUUAACCUAGCUAACUUGGUUUAAGUGGCCUUGCAUGUGCCUAGGAAUCAUUCCAUUUUAUUAUUUCAGCAAGAAUACUCGUCACCUACUACAUAUUAUUUUUCUCCUACUGAAUUGGAUCUUUAUAAGAAGGUCGACUGCUGGUUGAGCACCUCCCCUUGCCUUCGUUUCUUCUAUCAAGAAUUCUCUAAGGUUGCUGGUUUCUCAAUGGGUGAAACUAAGCAGGAAGAAGCUAAAGAGGAGGCCAAGCCAGAAGAGAAGAAGGAAGAGAAAAUAGAGGAGAAGCAAGAGGAAAAGAAGGAAGAGAAGCCGGAAGAGAAGAAAGAAGAAGCAAAGCCCUCCCCUCCCGUUGUCUUGUUUGUGGACUUGCACUGUGCCGGAUGUGCAAAGAAGAUUGAGAGGUCCAUCCUCAAGUGCAGAGGGGUUGAACGGGUGGAGGUGGACAUGGUGCAGAAUCAGGUCACAGUUAAAGGAAUGGUGGACCCUCAAGCUUUGUGCUCCAGAGUUCAAAAGAAGACUUCCAGAAGAGCCGAAGUCAUCUCCCCACCGCCACCAGCUGAGGGGGAAUCCAAACCUGAAGUGGUUGCAUCACAGCAGGCGAGUGGGAUAACCACAGUCGAGCUACAUGUGAACAUGCACUGUGAGGCCUGUGCGCAACAGCUGAGACGAAAGAUACUAAAGAUGAGAGGGGUGCAAACGGCUGAGACCGAGCUGAGAACCAGGAAGGUGACGGUGACCGGAACCAUGAACGCGGAAAAGCUCGUGGAGUACAUUCACCGAAGAACAGGGAAGCUUGCAAAGAUUGUCCCUCAGCCACCAAGAGAAGAAGAGAAGAAAGAGGAAGCGGAGAAGAAAACCGAGGAGAAACCUCCUGAGAAGGAGAAAGAAGAGGACAAGAAAGAAGAGAAUGCAGAGAAGAAGGAAGAAGAAAAAGCACCACAACAAGAAACGGCAGAGGGUAACAAGGAUGGUAGCGGCAAGGAAGAGAAGGGAGGUGGUGAGGAGCAAACGAAGGAAGGAGAAGGACAAACUAGCGUGGCCAUUCCUAACGAGGCAGACAUGGUGAAGAGGAUGGUAUACUGGAAUGGUAGCAUCAUCACCGAAGAAGAGAUGGCAAAGAGAACGAUGAUGCAUUGGAUGCCAGUCUACGUGAUGGAACGACCGCCGCCGCCGCCCCAAAUAUUUAGUGAUGAGAACCCAAAUGCAUGUUGCAUCUCAUAAAAUCUUGAACAACAAGAUAUUAUUAGUAGAGUUGGACUAGAAAAUUAACAAAGAAACUAUCUGUUGCAUCGAAAUCGAAGUAUAUGUAAUAUGGGAUAAGAUGGCCAUGGAUUAGCAUACAGAGAAAUCUUUAUAAUAACAACCAUGUAAUGUAUGCUACUGUAUUUGAACAUUAUCUCCCCAGAUAAGGACACACUUUUUCAUGUGUCA